UAUUAUUAUUGUGUACUUUGUGCGUGUUGUGUUAGCUCUGUGUUAUCUAAUUUUAUAGAAUGAUUAAAAUAUAUUGAAGUAGAAAAGUAAAUGGAAGAUUCGAUGAUGGUCUUGGACCAUUUAAAGUUUAGUUAUCUUUGCGUUGCAAAUAAGACUUUGUGGAUUAAAGCACCGUGCAUAUCUCAGAAAGCUUCAAUUGUGUUUGAAGCUUUCGAAGCCGUGUUCAUGGAACUAUGAACCUGGAUUCGUUGUCUUUUACUUUGUCACAAAUCAGUUAUUUAGUUGCAUCUUUGACUAAAAAGAACUACAAACAAGUAGUUGCUGAUCUUUCAAAGUUAGUAACUCUCCACGGUCUGGAGGCAGACCGUCACUUGCUCCAAUGCCUGUUUUCAUCUGUGGAUUUUUCUGAACCUACAAGUAAAAUUACUGUUCCAUCUCUUCAAAGUCAAGCACUCGUGGAACGAUACAACACUUUCCUAAACAAGCCAUCAUUACUUUCUUUUAUUUGCUACAGUACUGAUAAGCCAAUAAACAAACAAAAGAUCUUAAAAGUUGGACCACAGUUCUUCCAACAAUUGUGCAAGUGCCUGCGCCUCUCAGCUGUUCAGGAGGUAGUCUUUGCUCUAGCCCUCCUCCAUUCUACUAAUCCAGAAGUGGUGGCCUUGGCUCAAGCCCACAUACGCCACACCAUCCCCACGCUCGUUCAAUCGUAUAUAAACACCGAAGGUAGUGCUCGCCAACACGAAGGUGGUCUUCACGACACCAGUCCAGAUAUACUGCACGUCAUCCUUUCAGCCGUUCUCAAAUCACCAAAAGAAUUAGGUCUCACUAACGACGUUCAUACAAACUUUCUUAAUACUUUACAGCGUGAUUUCCCAAAAGACAUUGUUCCGGUCGUUCUUGCGCCCCUAAUAUACCCCGAUCAGUGUGAAUUAGCGCCCGAUAUGUCCUCGGACGGCCCCGGUCUACCCGGGGGUAUGAUAGACACUUCUCUUGCCGACCUGGUAUCAGAACUUGGAUACUCCUUUACUUCAUCAGUGGAUGAGUGUCGUAACAAUUUAUUAAAGCUCGGUGGCCGCGAUGUGACUCCAUCGGCAAUUGCAAGAGUGCUAACCCUCAUGUGUAAAACCCAUGAUGACUCUCUUGGAUCGUUCAAAGAGUCCCGAGGCGCCUCUUGGAACGUGGAAGUGCUUGUUCAAGCUUUAAAAGAAAUAAUUCCCAAUUUCCAAUGGAACAACGUUGUUGUCGAAUUAGAUCAUUCUGAUUUCGUAAUCAAGGAUCGGCAAAGUCUUAUCCUGUUAAUUAAUGCACUACGUGUGGGAAUACAGUAUUUUGGAUUCCAUCCUGAAACUUUCCCCGUAGAUCAGUUUUAUCGCAGAUGGAAAAACGUCGAGGGUCAGUUUAGCUUGAUACAGAAUGUAUUAAAAAAUCCAGAUGUAUUCUGUUUCGCGGAUUACCCUUUCCUGCCAGUUACAGUAGACGUGCUUAAAACGCCCCCUGAACAAGAUAACAAAGAGCUAGCCAAUUGGAGAUCUUUAAAUCUUGUAGAGUUGCUCCUUACUAUAGCUGAUUAUGGACUGUACCCUCAGGUUCAAGAACUGUUUAAGUUCCCAUUACAAAAUUGCCCGGACGUGUUGGUGCUUGCAUUGUUACAAAUUCAGGGCCCAGUUACCAUGCUUCGCCAGGAAUUACUCACAAAUCUAAUCCCAAUCUUCCUUGGCAAUCACCCGAACUCUGCCAUCAUCCUUCAUCACGCAUGGCACGCUCAAGCGCUCAACAUUAAACCUAUUAUCAUGCACGCGAUGGCCGAGUGGUACGUGCGCGGCGACUGCGAUCAAACACGUCUUUCGCGCAUCUUAGACGUUGCUCAAGAUCUCAAGGCACUUUCGAUGCUACUUAACGCCCAAAGUUAUCCUUUUAUAAUUGAUCUUGCUUGUUUGGCAUCUCGACGUGAAUAUCUCAAACUUGAAAAGUGGCUUACAGACAAGAUAAGGGAACACGGCGAAGCAUUCGUGACAGCGUGUAUUAAAUUUUUACAAAGACGUUGCCCACAGCUGUUUGGCAAAAGCGAUGAUAGUUUACCUAAAGCUGCAGUGCUGCCGAACGAAACACUAACAACAAUGGUUGUUUGUUUACAAUCGUGCCUAGGUAACGUGAGUUCCGAUUGCCACGAUGCGAUCGUCAACUUAGCUACCAGUUGUUCGAUACUCAUCAAACAAAGACAACAGCCAGCAGCAAUCUUGCGUCCGCACAGGGGCCUUGACGUGCCUUACAAUUCAUCGAGCAUGGCAGGUCCACUUUUUAAUCCAAAUGUAGAUCCUAUAGCGUCUAUAGGGACGAGUCUAGCCAGUAUAAAUUUGGGCGGUCCCACAAGUUCCGCUUUCAAUUUGCAAGGUGGUUUGGGUCCACUUGUACCAUCGCCUGGUUCACCAUCAAGACUUGUAGGUUCUAUAUCAAAUAGUCCCUUUCCUAUGAUGCCGCUUCAACACCAGGGCGCUGUAGGGACAGCAGCAAAUAUUAUGCCAGGUGUCAACAGUUUAGGGAGUCUUAGUCGUAUGGGUCCCAAUCCCAGUAUGGAGAAACCCCGACUACCUGAAUCAAAUCUAUUUCCUGAAAUUGCUCCCAACGUUUCAAAAGAUAUAGAAGAUGAGGCUAACAGCUACUUCCAAAGAAUAUAUAAUCACCCACCGCAUCCCACACUCUCAAUUGAUGAAGUUUUGGAUAUGCUCAAAAGGUUUCAAGAUUCAUCGAUUAAACGUGAAAGAGAGGUUUUCAAUUGUAUGUUAAGAAACCUAUUUGAAGAGUACCGAUUCUUUCCGCAAUAUCCUGACAAAGAGCUGCACAUAACUGCUCAACUGUUCGGCGGAAUAAUAGAACGAGGGCUUAUGCCAAACUAUAUGGCCUUAGGGCUGGCCUUGCGUUUCGUUUUGGAUGCCUUAAAAAAAUCAGAAGGAUCAAAAAUGUACUAUUUUGGUAUUGCCGCGUUAGACCGUUUUAAAUCGCGUCUUAAGGAGUACCAUAAGUAUUGCGAACAUAUUCGAGCGAUUCCACACUUCAAUGAGUUUCCACCCCACCUGAUAGAAUAUGUAGAGUUCGGUUUGCAAAGUUUAGAACCUCCGAAUAAACCUCAGGGACCAGUUCUUCCACCUAGCCUGACUGCCAUGCUGGGACCUGUUAACGCGCAAUCUUACAAAAACACCAAUUCAACGCCAUCUUCCGUUUCCAGCACAAAAACCAGUGCUACCACAACAAGUACCUUGGGAAGUAGACCAUCUAUUGCCAAUGCUACGAACAUUGAUACACUUUUGGUAGCCACGGAAAAAGAAGAAAAAGUUAUUGCACCUCCAGAGAACAUACAAGACAAAACGGCUUUUAUAUUUAACAAUUUGAGUCAACUAAACUUACAGCAAAAAUGCGACGAACUCCGUGAACUAAUACAAGAAGAGUACUGGGCGUGGAUAGCGCAAUAUUUAGUAAUGAAACGGGCCUCAAUAGAAUUAAACUUUCACGGAUUAUAUUCGAAUUUUCUGGACACUCUCAAGAUACCCGAAGUAAACAGAAUGGUCACAAAAGAAACAUUUCGCAACAUAAAAGUUCUGUUACGCUCCGAUAAAGGAAUUGCGAAUUUUUCAGACCGUUCUUUGCUAAAAAACUUGGGUCAUUGGUUAGGAAUGCUAACGUUGGGACGCAACAGGCCUAUACUACAGAUUGAUAUAGACCUUAAAGCAUUAUUAGUUGAGGCAUACCAUAAGGGUCAACAAGAACUGCUAUAUGUGGUCCCAUUUGUCGCCAAAGUGCUUGAAUCGUGUUCUAAAAGUAAAGUAUUCAAGCCACCAAACCCAUGGACCAUGUCAAUAAUGAACGUUCUUGCAGAACUGCACCAAGAACAAGAUCUUAAAUUGAACCUUAAAUUUGAAAUUGAAGUACUUUGUAAAACUUUAGACCUCGAAGUGUCUCAACUUAAGCCAACAGUAUACUUAAAAGAUCCUGAACGCUUACGCAAAAUUGAAUACCAACUGUCUCAGUCUAAUAAAAAAGAACAACCUAUUUCGACCCAAACAGCUAUUGGUCCGAAUAUGAACGAUUCGGAGCUAGCAGUCGUUUCAGGCCAGACGGUCAGUUCGCCUACUGUAACUCAAAAUAGCAGCUCAACACCAACGAGCACUAUUGCAGCACCACCUGAACCUCGUUUCAACUACGUUGAUAUACAGUUGGCCGGAAAUGCGGCUUUACAAACACAUAUAACAGUUAGUCCGUCGAUUCUGCUGUUUCAAAGUCAACCACAACUGAAACCGCUUGUUCGUACUGCAAUUGAACGAGCCGUACAAGAAUGGAUCGUACCGGUCGUAGAUCGAUCGAUCAAAAUAGCACUGACGACAUGCGAGAAUAUCGUUCGCAAAGAUUUCGCGCUUGACUCAGAUGAAAAUCGUAUGAGGACUGCAGCACACUGCAUGGUACGUAAUCUGACUGCAGGCAUGGUGAUGAUAACGUGUCGCGACCAGUUACUAGCGGCUAUCAACACGCACAUGAAAACAACGUUACAGAAUGCAAUGGUGGGCGCAACAGCCCAACAAAAAGAGAUGAUCGAACAAGCAGCGAAUGUAGUCGCUCAAGAUAAUAUGGAACUCGCGUGUGCCUUUAUACAAAAAACUGCGAUCGAAAAAGCGAUACCUGAGAUUGACAAACGAUUAGUUACCGAAUUCGAAUUGAGGAAGAUCGCAAGACAGGAAGGCAGGCGAUACUGUGAUGCCAUCGCAUUGACAUAUCAGGCCGAACGAAUGCCCGAACCGAUUCGACUUAAAGUUGGUGGAGUGACACAACAACAAAUGGCUGUGUACGAGGAAUUUGCACGCAAUAUACCCGGCUUCCUACCUCUGACCGACCGCGAUACCGCUCUGUUUAUUCCGAAACCUCAGGUUACGUUAGAGCCCCAACCACAUCCACCUACACCCUUCCAGAACUCCCAAGCGAUACUCGCUUCGGAGGAGAUUGUGGCAGUGUUUGAGAAACUAGCUAUCGAGGUUGAGCAGUUUGUCCAAGCAACUGUCGGUCAAGCAACCUUUACAGUUAUGAAUACUCAUAUGCAUGUACUCCACGAGUGCCUCAUACACGCAAUAAGAAGUAGGGACAUUGUUAUGUCGGCAGUUAAUCUUAUACAAAAGUGUGUCGAAGGUCUUCAAGAUGCCUUGCUGUCAGUAUCAAGUGAUCCUGAACCUGUAGUCUUGCGCUACAAAGAGAUCUAUAUUCGCGUCCUCAAAGCAUUACAAGAUCCUCGAGCUUUCGGGCAACAGUGGGUGAAUAAACAAGUUACUCGUUUUCUUACAGAAUGUCGCGAAGAUUUGCGCUAUAACUUAGACGCAGUGAACACUUUGAUCCAAGCUGGCUUGGUAAACUUACCUCAAUAUGACUUGGCCCUAGCUCAUUGUCUUGAAAAUGGCUUGAACUACAUGGCCGUCACAUUUGCAAUGCAGCUGAUGCAAGUAUUCCUCAUUGAAGACAGGAACAAUCAGUUCGUUACAGAGUCUGACUUCAUCAAUACUAUCGAUAUGCUAGCGAAAAUAGCGACCCAUACACGCCAACCUCCUGAAGGAUUAGCGAAUGUUAUUGACCUGCUUAGACAAAAUCACGACCAAGCGGGAUUCUUUGGCGAAAGAGCUGCCGCUGGACCUACCGUACAUAUACAUAACGGAAUUUUGCAGGCUCGAUCAUUAAACUAUGAUGAUCCUCCAGGAUUAAUGGAAAAAACAGACUUCCUGUUAAAAGAUUGGAUAAAUAUCUACCACUCAGCCUCUGGGCGUGAUUCGACGAAGGCCUUUAGUAUGUUCGUACACCAAAUGAAUGUGCACGGCAUUUUAAAGACAGACGAUUUGAUUACACGGUUUUUCCGUCUGUCCACUCAACUCUGCGUUGAAGUAGUGUGUCGUAAUCUCGCCGAAACUGUCACUCCUACUGUGAUAAGAGCCAAAUGUUACUACACCUUGGACGCCUUUGUUAGACUUAUAGCACUCCUAGUUAAGCAUUCUGGAGACUCAAAUAAUACUACUACAAAGAUACAUCUUUUGAAUAAAGUACUCGGGAUUGUGGCAGGAUGUUUACUUCAAGAUCAUGAAACUAGGAUGACUGAGUUCCAGCAGUUGCCUUAUCACCGAAUCUUUAUAAUGUUGUUCCUCGAAUUGUGUGCACCUGAACCUGUUCUGGAAGCGAUCAACUUCCAAGUUCUUACGGCUUAUUGUCACACGUAUCAUAUUCUGCGACCAUCAAAGGCAGCCGGAUUCUGCUAUGCAUGGCUCGAACUGAUAUCGCAUCGUGUCUUUAUAGGACGCAUGCUCGCCGUCACGCCUCAACAAAAGGGCUGGGCCAUGUACGCCCAAUUGUUAAUCGAUCUGUUCAAAUAUCUUGCACCCUUUUUGAGGAACGCAGAAUUAGCAAAACCGGUCACUAUGCUUUACAAGGGUACACUAAGGGUGCUGUUGGUUCUCCUACAUGAUUUUCCCGAAUUCUUAUGCGAUUACCACUACGGGUUCUGCGAUGUAAUACCGCCCAACUGUAUUCAGAUGCGUAACUUAAUCCUGUCUGCGUUUCCAAGGAAUAUGCGUCUUCCUGAUCCUUUCACACCCAAUUUAAAGGUGGACAUGUUGCAAGAAAUAUCAUAUGCCCCCCGUGUAUUAACGAACUUUGCGGCUCUGAUUACUCCUUCACAAUUCAAAAAAGACCUCGACUCGUACCUGAAAGCGCGCGCACCCGUUACUUUCCUGUCAGAGUUGCGUAGCAACCUACAGGUUUCGAACGAGCCGGGCAUGCGAUACAAUAUCCCCUUGAUGAAUGCCCUGGUCAUGUACGUUGGUACGCAAGCGAUCGCGUACAUCCGCAGCAAGGGCUUAACGCCGAACAUGUCUACAAUAGCUCAUAGUGCGCACAUGGACAUAUUCCAGAACCUAACGGUCGAUCUGGACACCGAAGGCCGUUAUCUGUUCUUAAAUGCUGUGGCUAAUCAGUUACGGUAUCCGAACAGUCACACGCACUAUUUUUCAUGCACGUUAUUGUAUCUAUUCGCGGAAGCGAAUACCGAGGCCAUUCAGGAACAAAUAACGCGGGUACUGCUGGAAAGACUCAUCGUUAAUCGGCCACACCCAUGGGGCUUGCUAAUUACUUUUAUUGAACUAAUCAAAAAUCCAACAUACAAAUUCUGGAAUCAUGAAUUCGUGCAUUGCGCACCAGAAAUCGAAAAGCUUUUCGAAUCAGUAGCACGUUCGUGCAUGGUACAAAAGACCGGCGUUCAAGCGCAAGAAAGUGAUGUUCAAGAGUGAUGAUACUUAAAGUUAGAAUUAACUGUAACUGUUUUGUAAAUAACGUUUCCAAUCGUGAAACCAGCCUCAAUUAUUGAACAAAAAGUACUAAAUUGUAAAAUAAUUAAGAGAAGACGAUGCUGUCGUCAAUUCAAUUGUGAAAUAUACAUUAAUUUUAUUCGUUGCUUUUAUUUUCAAACAGGAGGGCGUCUCUACUUUUUUUUGGGUUUCCGAUGCAUUUUAGGUUUUUCCUGGUAACGAAUAAUGUAUAAUAGGUGUAGUAUUAUUGUAAUAUAACGAAUCAUAGUAUUUUUAAGAGAUUUUCAUGUAUUUGUAAUAAAUAUAAAUAUAUUGUAGAUGUAAUAAACGGUUUUGAAAGUU